AUGAAGGCUUCAUUCGCUGCUGCUUGGCUCGCCUUGGGCUCCCUGGCCGUUGCCUCUCCUACUCUCGAGGCCAGAGCCACUAGCACUUCUUCUGGCAGUCUCCCUACCGUUACCGUCAAGGGCAAUGCCUUCUUCGCUGGUAACGACCGCUUCUACAUUCGUGGUGUCGACUACCAACCCGGUGGCUCGUCUGACGCCAAGGACCCUCUCGCUGAUGAGGAUGGCUGCACAAGAGACAUCAAGUACUUCAAGCAGCUCGGUAUCAACACCAUUCGUGUCUACACUGUCGACAACACUGCCAGCCACGACACCUGCAUGAACGCCCUUGCCGCUGCUGGUAUCUACGUUGCUCUUGAUGUCAACACUCCUCUCUACUCCAUCAACCGCGACAAGCCCGCCAUCUCGUACAACGCCGUCUACUUGCAGAGUCUCUUCGCCACUGUUGACGCCUUUGCUAACUACACCAACACUCUUCUUUUCUUCUCCGGUAACGAGGUCAUCAACGAUGGCAACACCACCGACUGCGCUCCUUACAUCAAGGCUGUCACUCGUGACCUCAAGCAGUACCGCAACAACAGAGGCUACCGUGCCAUCCCUAUUGGUUACUCGGCUGCCGAUGUUAGCGAAAACCGUUACGAGACUGCCCAAUACAUGAACUGCGGUACCGACGACCAGCGCAGCGACUUCUUCGCCUUCAACGACUACUCGUGGUGCGACCCCUCGUCUUUCACUCAGUCUGGCUGGGACCAGAAGGUCCAGACCUACAGCAACUACAGUCUGCCCCUUUUCCUCUCCGAAUACGGCUGCAACAAGGGCACUCGCAAGUUCGAGGAGGUUUCUGCUCUCUACAACCAGGAGAUGACUGGCGUUUACAGCGGUGGUCUCGUGUACGAGUACUCUGAGGAGGGUUCUGACUACGGCCUCGUCACCAUCUCCGGUUCCACCGUUACCCCCAACGAUGAUUUCACCUACCUCCAGGCUGCUUUCUCCAACAACACCGCUCCUUCCGGCGACGGUGGUUACCACUCUGACAACACUGCUUCCACCUGCCCUCCCGCUAGCAACACCUGGAACACUGGUGACUUCACUGGUGAGGACCUCCCUGCCAUUCCCAGCGAUGCCAAGAAGUACAUGACUUCUGGUGCUGGAGAGGGCCCCGGUCUUGCUGGUCCCGGUUCCCAGGAUGCCGGCACUGACAACGUUGCCACUGCUUCUGCUGGCAGCGGUUCCGCUACUCGCACCGCCUCUGGCUCUGCUUCCACUGGUUCCGGUGCUAGCGGUAGCGCUACCCACACUGGUGCCGCCUCGCGCGUCAACAUGGGCGAGGUUUCCUUCGCUCCCCUGGUCAUGACCGGUCUCGUCGCCCUUUCCACUCUGUUGGGCGCCACUCUUCUUUAA